AUGGGCCAGAGACAUAAUCGACGUCGCACACGACCCCGAUCUCGAAACCGCAGCGUCAAUCCUCUACAUCUUCCGUCCCACCCUUUCUCACGACCUGUCAAUACCUGCGCUCCAGCUGUUCCCUCCGCUUUCGACUGUCCUGAAAUACCCGCCCCGACCUGGCACUAUGGGCAUUUGCUAGGGCAGAAGCGUGAUCGUGCGCUGAGGAUGGAGGCUUCUACGCUGGAGGCGGAACAGUAUCGUCUCUUUGGCGGUGUCCCGGGCGACGAUGUUGGUCUCUGUUAUCGCAUGUUGGAGUACUUCGGUGGACUCGACUAUAUCGAUUGCAAUACUAUAAUUGUCGUCCAGGCGGGAAACGAAGGCAUACCCAAAUGGCACGCAAUACUCAACCGAUCGCCAACGGGCCCCAUCCCGACAUUAUCGAAAAUCAAAAUCCGACAUCAGCGAAACCAGAACAAUACCUGCUCUCGAAAUAAAUGCGCGAGAACCAGUUUUCAAUGGAGGACCCAAGUCAAUGACUUGUAG